AUGAUCAUGUUGUGCGGCGAAAUCACAUCUAAAGCAAAUGUCGAUUAUCAGACGCUUGUACGUAAUGUGGUGAAGAAAAUCGGAUACGACGACUCAAGCAAGGGGUUCUGCUACAGAACAUGCAACGUUCUUGUCGCACUUGAAGAGCAAUCCCCCGAUAUUGCCGCAGGUGUCCAUGUUCAAAAAGAGGAGAGUGACAUUGGAGCUGGUGACCAGGGCAUCAUGUUUGGCUAUGCCACCGAUGAGACAGAGGAGGCUAUGCCUCUUACCCUUCAGCUCGCCCACCAGCUGAAUGCGAAGCUUCAUGCUCUGCGCCGUAGUGGAGAACUGGCCUGGGCUCGUCCUGAUUCAAAAUCACAGGUGGGCAUAGUUACCAUUGAAUACAAAUUCGAUGGCGGAGCAUGCGUGCCUGUGCGUGUACACACUGUUGUGCUAUCGGCACAGCACUCACCUUCCAUCACUUUGGAACAGCUUAGAAAUGAAGUUCUUGAGAAGGUCAUCAAGGCUGUUAUCCCAGCCCAUCUUUUAGAUGACAAGACU